CAAAAGGAUAUCCCUCUACUAAAUUGUAGAAAUGUCUAGAAAAUCAAGCACAUCCGACAUUGUUAGUGACGACGUUGAUGAUACGAACGCCUGUGUUUAUGGCCAAAGUGCAAGAGAGUUAGUAACGAGUCAAGAAAAACUGCUUUACAAGCUACAGGAUUUACAAUACGAACUGCUGAAAACAGACAACGAGGUAACACAAGCACUCGAAGAUAUCAAAUGCAGGAUUGCUUCCGUUCGUCUAAAGUCGACAGUUAACAAACAUUAUUCGGAGUAUGCUACCACAGUUUCUAGUUCCAGGCGAACAUCCACGGAAAAGAGUUUACAUAAUUCAGCUCUAUCUGUUAUAGAUUUCAAACCAAGUGACUAUUCAACGGAUUUAAGUUCAACACAUAGUGAUUGUACAUCGUCUUUUAAUUCUGAGCUUCAUGAAUCUGAUCAAAGUGAUAACGAAUACGAGAAAACUGCACCUCGCCAACGAAGAGCUAAACGACUAACAAUUCUCAGAUAAGAGAACUUGGUGAAAGUGAUUUAGAUAAGAUGAUUUCGUCAUAAAUAAGCAGAAUCUAGAAGACAAAAUUGAUAAGGUGCAAUGAAUUCUCUUGAAAUUUCAGACAGAAGCGAAUGUGUUUUUCUUCAUCAACAUAACUAUUACAACAAAAGUGGUCUAUUAUGUUAAUAGGCUUUAACUGCCAUAUUUUCAAGAAUAACAAUAAGUUAUAUAUUGUGUCUAUAUUAUGGUCGUCUAUGGUUAUCAAUAAAUCUUUAACUAUGUUAGACAUCUCUAACCAUCUUACAUGGAGAUUAUAAUUCAAGAUCAUUAUAUUCAAUGAAGUAUUAGAUGGCAUAUGGAGCAUUUUCUGCUACUCCUGCCUUUCGCAUUUAUGUCAUUACAACAGUUUUUUAAAUUAAAUCCAAUAGAAUUUUUUCAUUUCCUUUUUUGGCAGUAGGUGACUGUGAUUGUCAUCAAUGAUCUGAACAAUUUGUUUUGUACCAAAAUGUGUAGUUCGCCAAUCAGAUGUUAAUUUUCUUGGAUUUGUUAAACAUCUAUAUUUGCAUUUAAAAUUAUAUUGCUGUGGUUUUAAAAGGUGUAUAAAAUAAAGUGGGUUAAUAUUAUCUAUAGAAGCAGAAUUUUGUUUACAUACCUGAUUCAAUUUCAAAUACAAAUGUUAACAGUAUUUACUUGUUUGUAGCUAUAUUUGGCUAUUAAUUAUGGUAAAAUAAAAUAGAUAG